AAAUCUGAUGUAUUGAAAUGACGGAAGUUUUCCUUUCACGUGAUUUACAAGAGCUCAAUCAGAAGUUGCCAUAAAACAGUAAAAAGAAAAAAAAAUCCCUGAUUAUACCUCGCCACUUCAUGUGCGGAUGGAAACAGCGCUAGAUUCGUCGUAGACCUAGAAAUAGCUUGACUACAAAGACAGUGGCCAACUCCCUGUUGCUGCACGCCAAUCGAUUCGGUUUAGAAAUCACGCACUCUUUUGCCUUCUCUGACAUCGAUCGUCUAUGUUGAUAUUCUCCUGGCUUUGUGAUCGAGCUCUUCUUUAUUUAUGGCAGGAGUAAUAGAUUCAAAGAAGACAAGGCUUCUCUGUUAUUGUUGACCCCUGUGUUAGAGAAAGCCCGUGGGUAGGAUGGAGAUGGACAGCCUAGAUACCCAACGGUCAGGGAAACUGUACACAGAGGAGGAAGAGCAUACAACUGCUGAUGAUGAGGACAUUAUACGGGAGGACAACACAUUACUCAGUAAGCCCAGGGUGCUGCUGUUGAACCUGUCCUGGUUUGGCCUCAGUCUGAUGUUCCUCCUACUGUCUGUUGAGGUUGUACCAGCCCAGAUUCGCUCUUUGGUUGGUGAGGCAGAAAAAGGCAGAUGGCUCGGAGGGAUGGUGGCAGUUGGUGCUGCUCUCACGUUUUUCACUAGUCCCUUGAUUGGCAUGGGUAGUGAUCGAGUGACGUUAAAGGUUGGUAAAAGACGACCCGUUAUGAUGGCAGGGACUGUUUUUCUGUGCAUUGGAUUGAUAGGAAUGGCGCUAAGUUCCUCUAAAUUAUACUUACCACGAAGAGACUCAGGUUACAAGAAUGGCACAGAAGGAAUGUGCCACAGCGAUUUGGAAGCUCAGAGGUGUCUCCCAUAUGCAAACAAAACGAUUAAGAAUUCGCACGAGACUACAAUUCUUCGGGGAUCCCAGCCUGGAACUAUUCUGGUCCCCGAGAAAAAGGUAGAGGUUGUUGAGGAGAAGGACACUAGUUCAGGAAGCCUCGGUCUUUAUAUCUUUUUCUACCUAAUUGUCACCGUGUCGUUUGCCAUGAUAACAGUUCCAUACAAUGCCCUGAUUGCGGACAAAUCACAUUAUUCCCAGAGAGGUUUUAACUCUGGAGUAAUGGGCUGUAUGAUUUUGUUGGGUAACGUAAGUGGAGCAGCCGUUGGUAUCGGAUUAUCUGAAAUGGGCGUUUUAGGAGCCUAUGGAACUGCCAUAGCGGUAGUGAUGGUAAGCGUCUGUGUAACUGUGUUUACGACAACCGAAAAACCCGGAAAACAAAAUCUUGAACCUAUUGGUUGUGUUCAGAUUUUUUGUGGUUUUUGGGAGCCAUUUAAAGAACACGAUUUCCGGUGGGUCUUUUUUACUAGAUUCCUCAUGCAGCAAGGCGUUUCCACGGUAACAGGAUUUUUGGAAUACUGGCUCUCUGACAUGAUAGAACUUCCCGACUGUUGGAAUGCGGGAAGAGGCGUUGCCAUCAUGCUCUUGCCAAUGUUAUUUGCAGCCGCCAUCAGUUCCAUUAUAUUUGGAAUUCUCUCUGAUCGUUUUAAUAGAAGAAAACCAAUUGUUAUAGUAGCUGCUUUUAUAAUGUGCAUUUGCAUUUCAACUUUAACAUAUAUAAAAGGGCCUUCUGCUUAUUACAUCGCCGUCGUCGUGGCCUUCUUCUUUGGAAUCGGGUUCGGUUCGUUCCAGUCGGUGGAUUUCGCUUUAGUCAUGGACAUACUCCCAGAGGAGAAGGAUAAGGCAAAAGAUAUUGCAGUUUGGCAUUUGGCCCUUAUCCUUCCUAACGCGCUAGCUACUCCCGUAGGCGGCCUGAUAUUAGACUACUUUGAAAGUGUGAACUGUAGGAUAGGUCUGGGAUAUAUUAUUCUGUUUGUUGUCACAACUGUUUAUUUUCUACUUAGUGGAAUUUUUGUGACGAGGAUUCGUCAAGCCAAAUAAAUCUACACACUGUGAAAUUGGCAAAUGUAUAAACAAGUUUUAUUGUACAAUUUUCGUGCAUAUUGUCUAAUAUUCCAGUUCGUAAAUUAUUUUUGUAUGUUUCAUUCAAUUCAUGUUCCAUAAUAAUUAUAUACAGUCUCAAAUUAAUAUCUACUCAAAAAGAUCUUGAUUGGUAUCUUGAUUGGUAAAAUAUGUUGCCAUAUGAAUGUUUUGUCAAAAAGAAUUUGUUAUGUAGAAAUGUUUAUAUUUUAUUGGACUGAUAUUAAAAUCCAGUUGUUAUAUAUUUAUCUAUUAAUUUUAUCUAGGUAAACAUUACUUAAUCUGUAUGUGAUAUUUGUUAAAUGAUUAAAAAUAUAACCUUAAA